AUGAAUCCUACGUUUUGCUUCGUUCUUGCCUUAACCGCGGUUUUGGCCACAAACGCAGUUGGUGCGGUUUCCGACAUCAACGGAGACAUCAUUUUCCGCGGCAGUUACUACGUUCUCCCCUUUGUCCGCGGCCGAGGCGGCGGCGUGUCUCUAGCCGGACGCGGUGGCCAGCCCUGUCCUUACGACAUCGUGCAGGAAUCCUCCGAGGUCGACCAGGGUAUCCCCGUAAGAUUCUCAAACUGGGCGCCUAGAGUUGCGUUCGUUCCCGACUCACAGAACCUGAACAUCGAGACGGUCGUUGGAGCCACGAUCUGCAUCCAGUCAACGUACUGGCGAGUCGGCGAGUUCGAUAAGGAGAGGAAGCAGUACUUUGUGGUGGCUGGUCCUAAGCCAGAAGGGUUUGACGGAGAUUCGUUGAAGAGCUUCUUCCAGAUAGAGAAAUCUGGAGAUGUGGCUUACAAGUUUGUGUUCUGUCCUCGGACUAGUGACUCUGGCCGUCCGAAAUGCAAGAACGUCGGGAUAUUUGUGGAUGAAAUCGGCGUUCGUCGUUUGGCUUUAAGAUCUAAGCCGUUCUUGGUUAUGUUUAAGAAAGCUAAUGAGACCGAGAUUUCGACCAAGACUAUGUGGGGCUUGUGA